GCAUAACAUGUCCUACCGUCGUGCAUGACGUACGCCAUUCACCUGAAGAGCGAUCGUCAAUACGGCCACAGCAGGCACGAGCGACAAUAGUUUGCAUAACUGUCAGGGUAGGUCGUGUGGACUCUGAUAUUUUGCUAUUUGACUGUAGCGACGGCGGCGGCGGCGGUCAAACGAUAGCAAACACACGAGCGGAGGCGAGACCGGCUGGCCUGUUCCAGGAUCACCAGAAACCAUAUUCACACACAGUGCGCGCGCGGGCCACUUCGCUCCCGCCUUCUUACUUGUUUCUCCGCCGUCCCAGUUCUACCCACAACGGCGCACGAGGCGGAGGCGGCGGUGGUGUUGUACUGCUGCUGGGCGGAAGAUUGAGGCAAGACAUUACUGAGCACGCGAGGCGGACGGCUGAACAUGACGCUCCACCUGAACCUGCCGGGCUCGCACCACCGGAACGCUGAGCAGCAAGCCGAACUGCGCGAAGCCCGCCGCAUACUGCGAGACAAGAUCAAGGACGACUGGGCAUAUCCACCGCUGCCGGCAUGGAAGUCGAGUGGCCGGGGCGAGACGGAGACGGCGACAGCCACGCAAGAAGUCGAAGAUCGGAUCGCGGGCUUCAGGUUCCACACGCCCGCGACACUCGAACGCACAAAUGGCGUUGUAGGCGAGGCAUUGGGUCUUGACUUCGAUCCAAGCGAAUGGAGAGAACGCGAUGUCUCUGACGCCUCCGACGCAGAAGCUGAGGGCCAAACGCCGAAUACAUCGACACCACGCAAGGCGACCACGAGCAAAGAGAGCGUGUACAAAUUCGACGGCCCGGACAGCGUAGGCACGCAGCUCAACGACCGCCGGCUGGCGCGGAAACGAAAGCGGCAUCAGGCAUUACAAGAAGAAAUGGAAUGGAACGACGGCCUCGCACAUUGGACACGGAGAAGAGACGUAUGGUGUUGUGCUCGUGGAGCGAGGGAAGUACGCAUGCUACAAGGUCAUGCCGCCACCGCGGAUUCCACUACUCAGCCCGAAGGAGAAGCCGUCGAAACGAGCUCAGCAUCCGGCACAGAUGCAUCAAGUCCGCGAACUUCCACAUCUUCCGUAGCGGAACCCGAGGGCUCCACUCCAGGAUCCUCUCCCUCAGCGACUCCAGAGGCCGCUGUACCUGCUCCCAGCGCCUCAGCAAUACCUCUGGACGUGCUCGUCCCUAUUGCACCGCCACUCCUACCCAAUCACCCAGUGCGGAGACGAAUAAGAACAGAUAUGUACCCGGAGAUCUACAACAAGAUCAUACUACAAUCGCGAACGCCGUCGGUGCCUAUUAAUCUGCUGACAUUGAUUCACGCCUUGGUACAAGGUUGGAAGGACGAUGGCGAAUGGCCGCCCAAAGCUGGCCCGAUCGAAAAGUCAAUUGGACGAAAGAAAGGCACAGGGCAUGAAGGCAGUCUGCGGCAGGGUGUGAAGGCGGUGGGGAGGGUUCUCCGGCUGACUGGUAUGAGCGAGCAUGGGUGA